GCGAUGAUGCCUGUCGUCCUCAUGAUCAAGAUACACGAUAUCAGUAUUGCUGCAAUGACGAGAUGCCUCUACUAAAUCAUCCACCUGUUGCUACGCAGCAACACUCUUCUGUUGCUGGUUCGUUUCUGGAGUUUGCAAGUUUCGCGCUUGGGAGCUGUGGCGCAACCCCAAACCAGCCCAAAAGCGCCAUUCGUCAACGGCGCCCCCAGGGAAAUUCAUCAAGGACACGUUGAAACCUCGGGUGAAUUCACGGUUGUGUGCCUCUUUCUCUGCCUUCCGCUCACAAGCAGCUGAAUCGCCGUCGAACAGGUGAGGAUGUUUCUACAACUGAGAAACAGCAUUAUCGACCGGUCUCGUCCAGAGCAAAGACCACCCGUACCCUGUUCUCGAAGCGUUGGGCCCGUUAGGAAUGUCCAAGACUAGGUAUUCCAGCUUCCAAAUCCAACACCGAGAUUGCGGGUGACAUUCCACACAGCAGGAAAUGGCACCCCACAGCAACCAGCGGUUGGCAAAAUGUGCAAUGUCGAGCAAGAGAUGAAUUGCCUAUGUGAUUUGCUUAUCCCUGGUAUCGGCCAUUUAGCCUCGAGUGCUAACUUCAGUCGGAGUAUUCCUGAUUUGCUGCACGAAAUUUGACAGCGCUCAAGCGGGCCGGGGCCCGACACGAUCAAGGCCAACAUCCCUGACCUUCCCCGAUUCUGCAACAUAAACAGUGGACCGCGUGUGGAGCGGCAAUGUACCAGCCUUGCAUGGCUCCAAGACGGCCUGCCAUGGUCGACUCUCCGUCACAGGCAAUUUGCUGCUCGGGCUUGAUCUGCGUCUCCUUUACUGUUCACCGUUGCUAGCACGUCGACGACCUGUCCUGUUUUUUUUGCGCCGUUCUUUUUUAUUUUCGCUCCUUCGUCGUCGCCAGGUUGCUGUCGUUGGAUUUCUGCUGUCGCGCGCGCUCCGCGAGCUCUCACAUUCCCUCAGGAGGACUGACCCUAGUCGCUCAUUUCGAGUUUUUUAUCGUCACGCGCCGCGACAGAAGCAUAUCGCGGUGUCGCAAGUCGACUGUCAUGCAACAGCAACAAUAACAGCAACAACCGUCACGCGAGAUCGUACGAACCGCCUGCGCAAAUGCGGCAACGAACACUUACCUCGAGCGCGAGCGCUCUGUUAUUACUGGCAGCUUCUGUUAUUGGCGCAAAGCAUGGAGGAGUCCACGACCAUCUUGAAGUCCUUCACAAGCGCCAUCGCGCCCACCGCGGACUGCACUCCCGCUCCACAGCGGAGGAUGGCGACCAUGGCAUUGAAAUCAGGACAGUUCCCGAAACUGUAACACCAACAUUGGAAAAGCGAGGGGGACAAUGCGCGUUUCCGACCGAUGCUGGUCUCGUUGCAGUUACUCCAAAUGAGCAGAAUGCUGGAUGGGCCAUGAGUCCUGAUCAGCCUUGCAAACCAGGAAACUACUGUCCAUACGCGUGUCCGCCAGGUCAAGUGUCAAUGCAGUGGGACCCCAGCGCGACGUCCUACUCAUACCCAAAGUCAAUGAACGGCGGACUGUAUUGCGACGAGGAUGGCAACAUUCAGAAGCCGUUUCCGGAUAGACCUUAUUGUGAAGAAACGCCGAACAACAUCGGGGUCGUGAACAAUGCGGGCUCCCAUGUUUCGUUUUGCCAGACGGUGCUCCCAGGAAACGAGGCUAUGUUGAUCCCCACCUUGGUGGGUGAAUCCGCCAAUCUUGCCGUACCUGAUACAAAGUACUGGUGUGGCACAGCGGCACAUUAUUACAUCAAUCCUCCUGGCGUCGGCCCAGAUGAGGCAUGUGUGUGGGGUGAUAAGUCGAAGCCGGUGGGCAACUGGUCACCGUACGUCGCCGGAGCCAACAUCGAUGCUUCUGGCGAAACGUUCAUCAAGCUGGGAUGGAACCCUAUCUACCUGGAACCUGCAACGCCAUUCCGUACCGAGAUGCCCGACUGGGGUGUCAAGAUUGACUGUCCUGAUGGCAAUUGCAACGGUCUUCCUUGUGCUAUUGACCCAACCAAAAACAAUGUCAACGAGAUGGUCGGCUCAGCUAGUGACGGAGCUGGCGGUGGUGCCUUCUGCGUCGUAACAGUGCCGAAGGGGUCGGCCGCAAACUUUGUCGUCUUCACGGCUGGCGGUGAUAGCAGCAGUGGCAGCGGCAGCGGAAGUAGCACCAGCAGCACCAGCAAUGGUGGUGGUGCGGGCACAAGCUCAUCGGCCCAAGGGUGGAAAGGUGGACAAUUCUUCCAGACAAGCAGCGCAGCACCAGCCUCGUCGACAGAGUCCUCGACCACAUCGACCACAACCUCCAGCGAAUCAUCUUCAUCCCCCUCGUCGACCACUAGCGCUUGGACAUCAUCGUGGUCGGCUACCAGCUCGUCUUCCGUAUCGACAACAUCUUCGGCGGCAGCGCACACAUCAUCCCAUUGGUCUCACGCGCCCAGUCCAUCGGCGUACUUCUCAUUGUUCAACAACUCGACGACUACUAGCACAGAGAUCUCUUCUGAAGGGAGCUCAAUCGAAGCCACAGCAACUCCAACGGCGCCCUCGAAGCAGCCUUCGAUCCAACCCGCCACAGGGGCGGCAUCUACCAAUGGGUUCUCUUUCGCGAGCAUCCUGUCAGGGCUAGGCCUAUACAUCCUGUUCACUCUCUGAUGCUCGAAAACGUCCUGGCCUUAUGGGUCUCAAAGUGGCAUUCACACUGGGCUUUUAAACAGUGAUGCCAUGCCUGGUGGGCAUCUCAGCGCAACUGGUCUUGCAGACGACCGUCGAAAUCCCCUCGACACAUCGGCUGGAUAUAUUCCGAGGAACACCUUUUAUUCCAUUUACGCCAUUUUCGAUGAAACACUUUGUUCCUUAUAUGAUCGAGGACACCCUUUUUCUUUUCUUCUUUCUGUCCGUCUCAUUCUGGAAAUGCCGGUAUAGCGACACCAACAACGCAUGGAUUGGACUUGCUUACAGCUGGGAAUAUUUUUUUACUCUGGUUCAGCACCGAUAUUUACCCCAUAUACUUGUUGAUUGUGUUUGUAUGUAUACCUUGGAAGGGUUCAAGUGGUGGUUUGAGGUCUCUUUCAUGACGAUACCAUAUGGCAGUACAUUCUUGAUCUUGCUCAAGACUUGGGGCGAGUCCCCCCGGCGGGUUGCUCUGAGAAGACGAACUUUACGGGUCUUGAGGUUUGGGGUAAAUAGUUGAGUGAGCGCAAUCUGUUGAUAUACAAUGUAAAUGACGAGGAGUCUCUUUGCGACGGUUCGAGAUUGGGAAAUCAUUCAAGUUGCGAAGCAUAGAGGACAACUUCAAGCUGCCACAUGGACGACGUACCUUAUGUCCGCUGUGUUUGUGACGGUACCGCCCAAUUGCCUAAAGCAAGGUACCCGGUACCUAGUAAGGUAGUCGUAUACACGGCACACUCCAUGUUUGAUGCACAGAACCGGUACAAGUGG